GUUUGCUGUGAAACGCCUCUGCCUAAUCAUUGACUGGCUGUACAUGAAAGAUUUCUAACCUUUUAACCUACUACAUGUGAACGCUAGAACAUCAUGGUACUUCUUGUCUUGUUCUUCACAAGAUUCAGCCAAUAAGAUCAGCUUCUCUGCAAGUUACUUUCAAACGCUGUCCAAUACUCCUUUACCAAUUCAUUUUAUCUUUCCAUGAAACUUUUGAUGAAUAAUUAUCACUUCCAAUAACCAAGAAAUAGACCCAGAUAAAGCCUGUACUCUGUUCCUCUCACAACAUCUUUUUCUGCAAGCAUGGGGUUCCAAUCCUUAUCGUUUCCAAAAUUUCCCACUUUUCUCGUUGUUCUUGUUUCCUUGCUCUUAUGUUGCGAAACUUUGAAAACCCAGAACUUGUUGCGUGGAGGCUCUUCACUAUCGGUUGAGGAUGCUUCAGACGUAUUAACCUCCCCAGAUAAAACUUUCACGUGUGGGUUUUACGGCCUUGGUGAAAAUGCUUACUGGUUCUCCAUCUGGUUCACCAGUUCUAAAGACAGAACUGUUGUUUGGACGGCUAACCGUGACAGACCAGUUAAUGGGCAGGGCUCAAAAGUUACUCUCCGGCGAAAUGGUGUCAUGAUACUAACCGAUGUUGAUGAUUCUGUAAUUUGGACGUCUAACAUCACCUCAACUGGUGCUGAUAGAGCAGAGCUUUGGGAUACUGGAAAUCUUGUUCUAACGAAUGCACAUGGUACAAUUCUAUGGCAAAGCUUUGAUUAUCCUACUGAUACACUUCUUCCAAACCAACUUUUUACGAAGAGCACACAGCUGAUUUCCAGAUUAGGUAAAGGAAGUUAUGCUUCUGGGCAUUUUAUUUUAUAUUUUGAUAAUGAUAAUGUAUUGAGACUGAUGUAUGAUGGACCUGAUAUUUCAAGUGUGUAUUGGCCUGAUCUUGAUUAUAAUGUGUUCCAAAAUGGAAGAACAACGUAUAACAGUACUAGGAUAGCUUUUUUAGAUGAAACAGGCAGUUUUUUAUCCAGUGACAAGUGGGAAUUUAGAGCUUUUGAUGUGGGCUUGGGAAUUAAGAGAAGGCUAACAAUGGAUGAUGAUGGGAAUCUCAGGGUUUAUAGCCUCAACAAUUCGACAGGAUCAUGGAUGAUUUCUUGGCAAGCUAUUAUGGAGCAGUGUAAAGUUCAUGGGAUUUGUGGUAGAAACGGGAUUUGUGUGUAUACACCGGAGCCCAAGUGUUCAUGCCCUCCAGGCUAUGAGAUAACUGAACCGGGUAAUUGGAACAAAGGUUGCAAGCCUAAGAUCAACAUAACUUGUUCAAACUCACUGCAACUGAAAUUUGUUAAGGUUGAGAAAGUAGAUUUCUAUGGGUUUGAUCUCAACUACAGUACGGAUACAUCAAUUGAAUCUUGCAAGAAAUCAUGCUUGGAUGAUUGUCAGUGUGAAGCAUUUAGCUAUAGGCUGAACGGGGAAGCGCGUUGUUACACCAAAAGUGCACUUUUCAAUGGCUACCGUUCUCCAACAUUUCCAGGCAGCAUAUAUCUGAAGCUUCCAGUCAGUGUUGAGGCAUCAGAACCUAAUGAUCUCAAUGGUACUGAUCCUAUAUGUCAAGACUCUAUAUUUGUGAUGGGAUCACCUUCCAUGUAUGACACUACUGGCAAGAGAGUGAGAUGGGCCUAUAUGUACUGGUUUGCAUUAGCUGUUGGUGCAAUUGAAGUUAUUUUCCUUCUAUUAGGUUGGUGGUUCCUUUAUCGAAGACAUGGUGUACCAUCUUUAGUAGAAGAUGGAUAUCGUGCACUGUCAAGUCAAUUCAAGAGAUUCAAUUAUGCUGAACUCAAGAAGGCAACAAAAAAUUUCAAAGAAGAGAUUGGUAGAGGAGCCUCUGGGGUUGUGUUUAAGGGUGUUUUGGCAGAUGAAAGGGUGGUGGCUGUCAAGAGACUAGGAGAUUUAUAUCAAGGAGAAGAAGUGUUCUGGGCAGAAGUGAGCACAAUCGGAACCAUCUAUCACAUGAACCUAGUGACAAUGUGGGGAUUCUGUUCAGAAGGCACACACAGACUCUUGGUCUAUGAGUAUGUGGAAAAUCAAUCACUGGACAAGCACAUAUUCUCUUCAGGUUUUCUUGGAUGGAAAGAAAGGUUCAAAGUUGCCUUGGGGACAGCCAAGGGUUUAGCAUAUCUUCACCACGAGUGCCUUGAAUGGGUUAUUCACUGUGAUGUUAAGCCUGAAAAUAUUCUUUUGGACGAUGAUUUUGAGCCCAAGAUUGCAGAUUUUGGGCUGGCUAAGUUGUCUAAGAGGGGCAGCUAUAGUUCUGAAUUCUCUCAGAUUCGAGGAACGAAGGGUUACAUGGCUCCAGAGUGGGCUCUGAAUCUACCUAUUACUGCUAAAGUUGAUGUUUACAGUUAUGGAGUUGUGAUUCUGGAGAUGGUGAAAGGAGUCAGGCUUUCAAAUUCGGUGGUAGAGGAUGGUGAGACACAGGAAUCGGAGCUGACACGAUACACCAGAUUAGUGAAAAGGAAAAUUCAAUGCGGGGAGAACACAUGGAUAGAGGACGUGGUAGAUCCAAGAUUGAAUGGAAAGUUCAGUGAGAAACAGGUUGUAACAUUGGUCGAAGUUGGUAUAUCCUGUGUGGAGGAAGAUCGAAACAAGAGACCAACGAUGGAUUUAGUAGUCCAGACCCUGUCGGAAUGUGAAACUGAAUCUGAAGUGCCCAGUCCAUACAAUCAUUAACUGCACUUCAGCUGUAAAAUCUUCCCCUUGUUUAGCUACGGUAGAUUUCUUUGCUUUCAUGAUUAGGAUAUACAGUUUGUCAUGUUAAGAUCAGGUUAAGGCAUUUGCACAUGUAGCAUAUGAAGUAAAUAAUAGAAUGCUUAUAUUUCAGGAAA